UGACACUUGACAAAAAAGAAAAAUAAGGUUUAUGCAAAUCAUUUAAUUUGUGUAUCACCUAUUUUUUAAAUGUUAACACAAUGGACAGUCUCGAACACGAAGACUUAUUAAUAAAACUUCGCGCCAAACUAAAUGAAGAAAAAAUUAAGCUAUGGGAAUCGCCGUAUAUUUCGGAUGGCGGCGAAAUUUCAGAGGCCUUAAAGGAACUGGCAAAUAAAUAUUCUACAGUACUAAAUGUAGAGAAUGACAGUGUUCUUCAAGGCUUACAUGAAUUGCAAAUACAUUCCAUUGAAAGAUCUAAAGCUAACGAAGAAUUCAAGGAGACGGGAUGUGCUACAUUAAGAGUAAAGGUGACAAUGGGGGGACAGAAGCCCGAGACAAUAAAAAUAUUAAAAAAAUUGAAUAUUCAGGGAGAUGAACUCAUAAACUCGAUUGCAGAGUUGCUUAAAGUUGAUAAAAAUAGGAUAAAGCUGAUUUACAAUGGGAAGAUGAUAACACACAGUUCCAGCCUAGAAACACAAGGAGUCAAAAAUGGAGCCCAACUCUUGGCUUUGGUAAUGACAGAAACCCUAGAGCAAAUACAAAAGGAAGAUAAAAUUUACAACGAAAUGAAAUCUACGUUAGAUGAUGCAACCUUACUGACGGAUUAUGUCGGUGAUCUUGCAGCUGAUGAAGAGUAUAUGAAGUUAGAAGACCAAUCAGGGCAGACAGUAGAACUACCUCCAGCGGAGAAAAGGGCUCUUCUCAUAGGACUAGCGUUGCAUGAACGCGGACGAGCAGCAGCCCAGAACCAUGAUUACUCUCUAGCUUUGGUGCUACUUCUCGAAGCUGACAGACAAUUGAACGAGUGUAGAUCAUCAUUACUCAACACAGUGGACAACUGUGCCGUCUUGCAACUGGAUAUAGCCUGGUGUUACCUCUGCUUGCAGAGUCUGUCUUCUGCCAAUGACGCAUCAACUCGACUAACGAGGGCUGAGAAGGCAUUUAGAGUCUCAUAUGGGGAGGAUCAUCAGAGGCUGAUAGCCCUUAAAGGAACAAAUGCUAACGAACGAGUGCUGUUCAUGCGGCUCUACUUGCUGCAAGGCAUCGUUGCUUAUCAUCAGAACAAACGAGAGGAAGCGAGGGCGCUGUUGGCGAAAGCUGAGACGGAGCUGAACUAUUUGAAGGUGGACGAGGCGGCCGUGGGCGCGCUGACGGAGCUCGGCUGGACGGACGCGCAGGCGCGGCGCGGCCUGCGGGCGGCGCGCGGGCCCGAGCGCGCGCACGCCUGGCUCGCCGAGCGCGCCCGCGAGCGCGACGACGCGCGCCGCCGCGACCUGCGCCGCAGGGAGGCGCAGGCGGCGGCCGGCUCCACGUCCCCGCGGCGGCUGCGCGCGCUGCAGGCCAUGGGCUACGGCCGCGCGCUGGCGGCCCGCGCGCUGCGCCGCGCCGACGGCGACGUGGCCGACGCCGUGCGCCUCAUCCAGGACGCGCCACACCUGCUAAGAGACAGCGAUGUGUCAGACCCAGAAGACUUGGAUACACCGAGCUCUGAUGACUCCCUCGUGGAACCAGACAACAAGCUGGUUGCUGAGUUAGAAGCCAUGGGUUACCCCCCUGAAGAAGCUCGUACUGCGCUGCGUCUGUCCCACAACCACAUCAAUAAGGCGGUGGACCUCCUCGUAGCCGGCUGCAGUAGUAUCUGCGAUACCGGCAAUCCGUCCACGAGUGACGGCGCGGCGAGGAGGAAGUUAAAAAAGGAGGCCAAGGAAAAGAGGAAAAAGGAACGCGAGUUGGCGCUCCGGCGGCUGAAGAGCGCCAUCCGCGCCGACGAGGACGACUACCUGAGCGCCUCGCUGGCCGAGGAGGAGCAGUUCCUGACGCAGUACAAGUCGCUCAUUUAAAUCUAUUUCGUUUAAACAAUAAGUACAUCAUUGUUUGUGUUUAAAGUGAGAUUAAUAAAUAGUACGAGUUCAGAUUAAUUCUCCUGUGUUCUCCAGGCCACCUGUUUAAUAACAGAACACCGUAAUUUAUCGCAGUCAUAAGUAUGACUAUACUAAAAUGAUACUGUUAGUUAAAAAAAACAGGAAACUCCCACUUUUUAUGUUAACAGAAGCGAUUUGUACGUUAUUGUAUAUAAUUAUGUACUUUACGCAGCUGAGCCGAGAUGGCCCAGUGGUUAGAACGCGUGCAUCUUAACCGAUGAUUUCGGGUUCAAACCCAAUCAGGCACCACUGCCAUUCAUCUCGUGCUCGACUGUGAAGGAAAACAUCGUGAGGAAACCUGCAUGUGUCUAAUUUCAACGAAAUUCUACCACAUGUGUAUUCCGCCAACCCGCAUUGGAGCAUCGUGGUGGAAUAUGCUCCAAACCUUCUCCUCAAAGGGAGAUGAGGCCUUUAGCCCAGCAGUGGGGAAUUUACAGGCUGCUAAUGCAUGCCUGCACGCGCUUUGACGCAAAACUUCGCCAGCUUUUAUGUUGAACAAUCUUGCGUUGGCAGAUGAGAGUAUUUUCGAGAGUGUGUGUUCUACUAUUAUGUAAUAUUUAUUAAUCUCAUGUUAUAAAGUUCAUUUAGUCAAACGUGAAACGUUUUAAAUUAGUGUAAAAAUAUAAAUAGUAUGUUUUGUGAUUCUGUUUUAAUACCAAAAUUGUGUAAUAAUGUAUGUCAUAAAAAUGGCUCUUAUCGACUCCGCAAUGUUUUAUCGAUAAAAUAUUUUA